CGCCAUUGCAUUUUUUGCAUGCGAAAGCAACGGAACUUGAUAUUGUGUGGCUGAUUAUAUGAACAUACUUAAUUAAAAUAUUGUUUGAAAUCGGAGCAGUCUGAAAGUGAAAAAUGUCCCAAUUUAAUUUUGUGAGCGACUUACAAAAUGCCUUGAUUAUGGAUGGUGAGACACGCGGGCCUGCUCCUCGAUGGAAGAAGAAGUUAGAAGCGUCCUUAAAUGGCAGCGCAAACACAACGCGCUCGGUGCUUUCGGUAUCCUAUAACACUAGUUUCUCUGGCGUGCAACCACCCACUAAAACUCCGGGCAAGAGCAGUAGCGAUGCCAAAAAGAAGUCUGCAACAACGCCCAGCAAGACGCCAGGCGGCGGAGAUCGUUUUAUACCAAAUCGCGCUGCCACCAAUUUCGAUUUGGCGCAUUUCUUGGUCAAGAAAGAGGCAGGCGAGAACUCCGACGAGGAGAACGGACAGCCCAAAAACGGCGAUAACAAUGUGAACAAUGUGCAGGCAUCGGCUCACAAGAGCGAGCGUCAGAAGUUGAUUGCGGAUGCAGCGCAGGUAGGCGACAGCAAAGGUUCGCGCAUAUUGUGCUACCAAAACAAAGCACCAGCAGCGCCAGAAUCGCACACAAAUCCACUGAAGGUUGUGUACUCUAUAAAAACACCUAUUUCAACCAAAAGCGGCACCCGCUACAUACCCACAACCUCGGAGCGCAUUCUGGAUGCCCCAGACUUUGUCAACGAUUACUAUCUCAAUCUCAUGGACUGGAGCGCGGAUAAUAUUGUGUCAGUGGCUUUGGGCAGCUGCGUCUAUUUGUGGAAUGCUGGCAGCGGCAACAUUGAACAGCUUACCGAGUAUGAGGAGGGCGAUUACGCCUGCUCGCUCUCCUGGAUACAGGAUGGUCAAAUAUUAGCUAUUGGCAAUAGUACUGGCGCCGUUGAGCUGUGGGAUUGCUCCAAGGUGAAGCGUCUGCGUGUCAUGGACGGCCACAGUGCACGUGUUGGGUCGCUGGCCUGGAACUCAUUUUUGGUAUCCUCGGGCAGUCGUGAUGGCACCAUCAUACAUCAUGAUGUGCGCUCGCGAGAGCAUAAAGUUUCCUCGCUGGCUGGUCAUACGCAGGAGGUAUGCGGUCUGAAGUGGUCUACCGAUUUCAAAUACUUGGCCAGCGGUGGAAAUGACAAUUUAGUUAAUGUCUGGUCCUUAGCUAGCAAUGGUGUGGGUACAGCUACGGAACCAUUGCACAAAUUCACCGAACAUCAGGCGGCUGUGCGCGCCUUAGCCUGGUGUCCUUGGCAACCGAACGUCUUGGCCUCGGGUGGAGGCACUGCAGAUCGUUGCAUCAAAUUCUGGAACGUUUGCAAUGGCUCCCUGAUCAAGAGUGUGGACUCGAAGUCGCAGGUUUGCGCAUUGCUCUUCUCACGUAACUACAAGGAGCUGAUUUCAGCACACGGUUUUGCCAAUAAUCAGCUCACCAUCUGGAAGUAUCCCUCAAUGGUUAAGCAAUCGGAUUUGACUGGACACACCUCACGUGUCCUGCAAAUGGCCAUGUCCCCGGACGGCAGCACCGUCAUCAGCGCUGGUGCGGACGAAACUCUGCGCUUGUGGAAUUGUUUUGCGCCCGAUCCUUUGGCGGCCAAGAAGGUGGCCAGCGUUAACAGCAAGGCCAAGCAGAGUGUGUUCCGUCAGAGCAUACGUUAGGGUUCUAUUCAUUCAAUAAGACUCACUAAAUUGAAUUUUGUAUUGUAUUAAGUUUAAAAUUAAAAAUGCACUAGGUAAAAGCCUUGUUAGCUACGUUAGACGAUAA